UCCAGACCUUAACCUCAGUCUCACAGAGCUCCGUGAGAUUUACAACUGCUAAGCAUGCAGGGAAAUGUGUUAAUUUCUACAAACGUGCGCAGGAGAGAAAGUACGCAUGCAUUCCGAAGAGCGUGAGAAGAAACUGAUAGUCCUGGGCACGUGCCCCUAAAACUCUCAAAAGCUCUCCAGUGGAAGGGGCUGCAGAAGAAAAUUGCACGGGAUGGGCUCUCAGGAUGCGCCCCCGUGCUUAGCAGGAGCCGCGUCAGGACUUCAGCUGUAAGGCUCAAACGAGUCCGAGCCAAUUAAUUGCGAACCUCUCGGCUGCCGCGGUCACAUAACCCCUUCUUUCCAGGGCCGCGCUGGCCUUCUGGAGGAGGGGGCAGCCCUCUUGCUCGACUUUCACGGCGGAGCAGCUUUUGGGAAAGGGCGUUCUGGCGCUCCGAGGAGAGAGUGUUUCGUGGGAAGGAAAGGCUCGGAGUUAAGGCUAGAGAAUGCUGGCUCCAAUGAGGCUAGGUCUGCCCACGUGACCUUUGCCACCAUCAUGCUGUGUCCUUGGCGUGUGAAGCUGAAGUUGCUGCUUGCUACAGUGACCCUGGUCUUCCUCAUCUCAUGGCUUUACCUCUUUAUGGAUGGAUGUUCCCUUAUGCUGCCCCCUUGCUUUGGGGAACAGUCAAGCAGGUACCUUGACCGUGAAGCCUUGGCAUCUCAGGUGCGAAAAAUGGAGGAGGAAAACCAGCUGUUGAGGCUGCAGCUUAGCCACUCUCAGGCACAGGAGGAGACCUGGGGUAGAACGGACUUCAGCCAAGAGCAGGAGAGCAGGAGUAACCACAGUGGUUGCCUUAAACAGAGGACGGUUCAGAAGUGUGAGCUCCUGCAUGUUGCCAUUGUUUGUGCGGGAUACAACGCAAGCCGGGAUGUAGUUACUUUGGUGAAAUCCAUCCUCUUCCACAGGAAGAACCCUCUCCACUUCCAUCUCAUCACAGACUCAGUGGCCCGACAGAUACUACAGACUCUGUUCCAGACCUGGAUGGUGCCCUCAGUUCAUGUUAGCUUUUACAAUGCUGAUGACUUGAAGCCAGACAUUUCCUGGAUCCCUAACAAGCAUUAUUCUGGAAUCUAUGGGUUGAUGAAGCUGACACUCACUAAAGCUUUGCCCUCUGACCUUUCCAAGGUCAUUGUCCUUGAUACAGAUAUCACAUUUGCUACUGACAUUGCGGAGUUGUGGGCUGUCUUUGGGAAGUUCUCAGAUAAACAGGUGAUUGGGCUAGUGGAAAACCAAAGUGAUUGGUACCUAGGGAAUCUCUGGAAGAACCAUAAACCAUGGCCAGCAUUGGGUCGUGGCUUCAAUACAGGAGUGAUCCUGUUGCUGCUGGAGCGUUUGCGCCAUCUUGGCUGGGAGCAGUUGUGGCGGGUGACAGCAGAGCAAGAACUCAUGAGCAUGCUGUCCACCUCACUAGCAGAUCAGGACAUCUUUAAUGCGGUGAUUAAACAGAAACCAGCUCUUGUAUACCGGCUCCCUUGCUUCUGGAAUGUGCAGCUCUCUGACCAUACCCGUUCAGAGCAAUGCUACACGGAGGUGUCUGAUCUUAAGGUGAUUCACUGGAACUCUCCCAAGAAGUUGCGAGUCAAGAAUAAGCAUGUGGAAUUCUUUCGGAACCUUUACUUGACCUUCUUAGAGUAUGAUGGCAACUUACUACGCAGAGAACUCUUUGGCUGUGUCAGCUUGCCCAGUGGCCAGCUCCAGCAGGCUCUGGAGGAGCUGGAUGAAGACGAUCCUUGCUAUGAUUUUCGGAGGCAAAGCCUUAUUCAGCACCGUGUCCAUCUCUUCUUCCUGCAAUAUGAUUUUUCAGGGUCAGCUGAUGAAAUAGAUGUAACUCUCAUAGCUCAGCUAUCCAUGGACAGGUUGCAGAUGCUGGAGGCAAUAUGUAAACACUGGACAGGCCCCAUUAGCCUGGCUUUGUACAUGUCUGAUGCAGAGGCCCAGCAGUUUCUACGCUAUGCUCAGGCUUCAGAGGUGCUGAGUAACCGUCAGAAUGUUGCCUAUCACAUUGUGUACAAGGAAGGGCAAUUUUACCCAGUCAACCUCUUGCGCAACAUAGCAUUGAAGAAUGCACAGACCUCUCACGUUUUUCUGAUGGACAUUGAUUUCCUGCCUAUGUAUGGCCUCUAUGAUUAUCUCAGGUCCUCCAUCAUGCAGCUGGAGCUGCCCCCAAAGAAGGUAGCACUCAUAGUGCCUGCAUUUGAGACUCUGCAUUACCGCCUCAACUUUCCCAGAUCCAAAGCGGAGCUGCUCACCAUGCUGGACAUGGGCUCCCUCUAUACUUUCAGGUAUCAUGUGUGGCCCCAGGGCCACGCUCCAACAGACUAUGCCAAAUGGCGGACAGCCACAGUGCCGUAUCAAGUGGAAUGGCAACCACAGUUUGAGCCUUACGUUGUAGUAAGGCGUGACUGUCCCCUCUAUGACCAGAGGUUUGUAGGCUUUGGCUGGAACAAGGUGUCUCACAUCAUGGAGCUUGAUGCUCAGGAGUAUGAACUGCUUGUCCUGCCCAAUGCCUUCAUGAUCCAUAUGCCUCACGCUCCCAGUUUUGACAUCUCCAAAUUCCGCCAGAGCGCUGGCUAUCGGAACUGCCUCCAGACUCUGAGGGAAGAAUUCCAUCAGGACCUGUCCCGCAAGUACGGUGCGGCAGCACUUAAAUACCUCACUGCGGAGAGAAGCUUGUGAAUGGCAACCAGAAUACCAAAGGACUAUGUGACCUGCAGAUGGACGAGGCUCAGACUUCUUGGAGAGGCUUACAUCAGUAGCCCAGUCCUCCUAGUUGUGGUGACCUAAUGGUACGGCCCAUGCCUAGAUUGUGGAAGGAAUUAUAGCCAGUGCUGUUGUUCAGGGCUAUAAAUAUUUUGUGGCAAAUUCUAUUCUCAGAUUAACUAGGCAAAUUACAUUUGUAUGUAUCUGCCUUUUUUUUUUUACAGAUUGUUCCCAGUCUAAGUGGAAGUCAGAGGAAAAGAGAGGGAGGGUGUGUGGCUUAAGCGAUCUCCCUUUGUCACAUGCACUCUGUUUUAAUACAGUGCUUGUGUUCCCCUCCAUUCAGUGAUGGAAAGGAACAUUCUAGUUCAUAAUUACAGCAUUUUUUCUCUUUCUGUUAAUCAGAUGGCAAGGGCUGCUAUUACUGUUUUCUACAGUGUCCUCUCUUUGCCCGUUGUUCUUUAUUCUUUGUUCCUACAUAUUUUGUAAGAGAAGCAAUCCUAGUGGCUCAAAUCAUAGAGCUGAAAGGGCCUGUCCUGUUUAGUGCAGGGGUCCAAAUUUAGCAGAUAGAUGCCUGUUUAGUCUCCACCUGAAUGGAUCCCAUGAAGGGAGCCCACCACAUCUUAGAGUAAUGGAUUUGGGUUGUCAAGUGACCUUCAGAAGCAGCCUUCUUCGCGAAACCUGUUGCUGGGUAACGUGAGUUAGGAGGGUGCGGUUCUGCUCUUUGCUUUUCCUCUGGUUUCUCAUAGGCAUUAGUUGGCCACUAUAGAAACUGAAUGGGGAACUAGAUAAAGCUCUGCUUUGAUCUUACUUCUAGCCUCAUCCCUUUUCUCCUCCUUUUUGCAGUUCCCUGAAAAUCAAAUUUGAAGUAAGCCAAUUAAUUUAACGUAGGUGUUGAUCUUUCUUUUUCUUUUCCUAUCCGCCUCUGAACAUUUCUCAGCAUAUGCAAGAGGAACUGUUUUAAUAUGUGUUUCUUACUUAUUGGUUUGGUUAUGGCCAUAUUGAUUGAAGAUUUUUUUGUACUUAACCAUAUUCUAAAACAAGAACCAUAUCCCAUUUGAGGAAAAAGAUUAAAUGAAAUCUAUGUCCAUACUACAUAUUUUGCUAAGAAUAUAUGGCAUAUAUGACCCAUCUACAGUGAUGCUUAAAAGUUUGUGAACUCUUUUGAAUUUUCAGUAUUUCUGCAUAAAUUUGACCUAAAACAUGAUCUG